CACACACACACACAAGCACAAACACAGGCAGGCGCACACACACACACACACUCACACAUACUCACACACACACACACAAGCACAAACACUGGCAGGCACGCACACACACAAGCACACACACUCACACGCAGACACAUGCACACACACACAUACACACACACAUUCAAAAACCCAAAUAAGAGAAGAAAGGCAAUGAAGACAGCAUGAGGACGAUAAUUACUACGAUGAUUAUUCUCUCUGUGACAUGCGAAGUCGAGGUAUCCGGCCAGAGCCAAAUCAGACAGAAGAGAACAUGGAUCAUUGACUCAUUCGUUAUAGAAGAAGAAAACCCAGGCCCUUACCCAUAUGUACUUGGCACGAUCCAUGUGGAGCGUGACAAAUUUGUGUGGAUCUUUCUCAAAGGGAUGGGUAUUGAGAAAGACCCUGAAAAUGUGCUGAGUAUCAACAGCAGAACCGGUGAAUUACUUGUGCAUAAGAAAGUCGACUACGAGACGUAUAAAUCUCUCUCGCUCACUUUUGAAGAACGGGAUGAACAUUUCACACUGAAAACAAAACUUGGAGUUGAGAUUAAGAUUCUGGAUAUUAACGAUCACGCUCCUGUUUUUAAUUCUUCUCUCUAUGAAGCAACAAUUGAUGAGUCUGUAGCUCAAGGUAAUCUGGUUACUACAGUCUCUGCUUCAGAUCUCGAUGACCCAAACACACCCAAUGGCACCUUUAAAUUCGCAAUCGUCUCCGUCACCCCAGAAACAGAUAAUGUUGAGUUCUACAUCAAGCAGAACAACAACAUAGGAAGUAUUUAUUUCAAAGGCUGCUUCGACUACCAGAAAGUACAGAAAUAUACACUCCUGAUCAAAGCUACAGAUAAUGGAAACAAAGUGCAGCUGUCCAGUACGAGCACAGUGGUACUGAACAUCAUCGACAAAAACAAUAACCACCCUUACAUUACUGGUCACACAGGUCCUGCAAGGAUAAAAGAACGAGAGAGUGGAGUAGAGGUUCUGCGCUUGCAGGUCAAUGACAACGACAGUAAGGGUUCACUAGCAUGGAAAGCUAAAUUCACACUUCAUGGAGAUCUUGAGAACUGUUUUAAAAUCCAGACAGACCCCAACACUAAUGAAGGAAUCCUGACUGUUGUAAAGGCGAUGGAUUAUGAGGAGCGAUCUGCAAGGAAUCUGUGGAUCAGUGUGGAAAAUGACAUACCCUACUUUUUCUGUAGGGUGAAAAAACGUAAAUCAUCAGACUUAUGGGAUGUUGAGACUCGUCCCAAAGAGUUCAGUGUGCCUUAUAACAUCACCAUUAAUGUUGAGGAUGUAAAUGACCCUCCAGAAUUCGUACUACCUUUUAAAGAAAUCACAAUCAUGGAGAAUAUAAAAAUAGGUACCGUCUUGGAAACAAUGUCAGUCACAGACCCGGAUAAGACAUUCGAUAACACAUUUUACUUUGAAAAAAAAGAAGAUAAAAUUAACUGGGUUACUGUUAAUUCAGAAACUGGUCAGGUUUUGGUCAACGAUGUUAUGGACAGAGAAUCGGCGUUAUUGAAGAACGACACUUAUACUGUCAUCGUGUAUGCUGUAAAUAAAGCUGAUCCUCAACAGACCGGUACAGGGACGCUACUCAUACACUUAUUUGAUGAGAAUGAUAAUGUGCCAUUGUUGGUGAGAAAUACAGGGGAAAUGUGUGUAUCUGACAAAACGACUAAUAUCUACGCUGCUGACCCAGACCUUCCGCCAAACAGUGCACCGUUUUACUGGCUACUGGAAGAUGACCAAACGGAAGAAAAAUGGAAGAUAGAACCAAACUUUGGAACAAAUGUGAGCCUGGUCAAAAAGGACACGGUCUAUGGUGGCAAUUAUGUGAUAAGGAUCAAAAUUUCGGAUGUACAAGGACAUGGUUCAGUCCAAAACCUGUUUGUCAAAGUGCGUUUCUGCACCAGCGACCAUCUCACUGUCCGGCUAGGCCUUAGUGCUGUUAGGAUAAUUAUCUUCACUUUACUGCUUCUGCUAGCGACUUUACUGAUGGCUCUCCAGCUCGGCAAAAAGCGAAAGAAAGCUAUGAUCCUGCAUGAUGAUGUUCCUGGGAAUCUCAUGAUAUCAAACAUUGAAAUGCCUGGAACAGACUGUGAGGUCCCGAAUCAUAUAUCCCGAUUACUACUGAACGCAAGAAGCGGGAAGAUGACCAAUGGCUUUUCCAGAAAGAAUUCACUCCUUCACGACGGUACUUCUGCAACAUCAACUGAAAAUGAAAUGUUGGGAAAAUCCCCCUGCAAGGUGUCAAUGAGCACAAACUCUCCUAAUUACAGAGAUUACUCUUAUAUUAGCAGAGUUCUGUCGAAUCGACUUGAUCAGAAACUCUUCCAGCUCCGAACUUCAGAACAGGAGCUCGGCGAUUACAAGCCACGCAGCUAUGCAGAUGAAGGACCAGAAGAAAUCCAUGAUGAAAAUCUAGAUACACUCUCAGUUCCUGAGAACGAUUUUAAUCCGGACAUCCUAACAAAUCUAAACGUACGCUUUUCCAGCCUGGCAGCUGUGUGUAGGCCUGAUUUAAUGUCACCUCCCCAAGGAUAAAUUUAAGAUCAUGUGUGACUAUGUGUAAAUUUUCUGAAUUUGGAAUCAGUGGAACAAUUUAAACUUUAAAGCCAGUUUAGAGACUAAAAAGAAAGAAAGAAAGAAAGUAAGUGACGUGACAUACGCCUAAUUACGGUGACCCAUACUCUGAAUUUGUUCUCUGCAUUUAACCCGUCCAAAGUGCACACACACAGCAGUGAACACACACACACCGUGAACACACACCAGGAGCAGUGGGCAGCCAUUUAUGCUGCGGCGCCCGGGGAGCAGUUGGGGGGGUUCGGUGCCUUGCUCAAGGGCACCUCAGUCGUGGCUGGCCCGAGACUCGAACCCACAACCUUAGGGUUAGGAGUCAGACUCUCUGACCUUUAGGACUUCGCACCAGGGUCAAGUUCAAGUGUGCUCUUAAAUAGCGUGGGAAAUUAGUUACAGCUGGCUGCGUAAUUAGCCUUUAUUCCUUCCCACUUUAGCACAUUUGUUCCGUACGUCUCUACUUGUCUUUCCUUUUCAUUCAGAAUCCUCGUCUUUGUGUCGUCUUUGUUGUCUCGGUCUUGUUUUUGGAUUUUUGUUUUUCUUUUCUUUCUCCCAGUGUUCUCUGGUUUUGUGUUUUGUGUUGUGUUUUUAAUGUAAUAAAUCAUGUUUUUAGCGAUCACCA